AUGACAACACCAGCCCCAAAGAUCCUCAUCGUAGGCGCAACAGGCCGCACCGGCACCGCAACCAUCUCCGCCCUCCUCGCCCACCCAAACCCACCCCAGAUCUUCGCCCUCACCCGCUCCCCCUCCUCCCCCAAAGCUCAAGCCCUCCUGACCUCCCACCCGUUCAUAACCCUCGUCCAAGGCGAACCAACAUCCCCAGCGCCAAUCUUCGCCUCCCACGCAGACAUCUCCGCCGUCUACCUCGUCACCGUCCCGCCCGCAGACGAAGCGCAAGCCAUCCCCCUCAUCGACGCCAGCAUAGCCGCCCGCGUCCCGCACAUCGUCUUCACAAGCGUCGACCGCGGCGGCGACGAAAAGUCCUGGGAAACCCCGACCGACGUGCCGCACUUCGCGGCCAAGCACCGCGUGGAGCUCCACCUGCGCGACACGGCCGCCGAGACGGGGACGCGGUGGACGGUGCUGCGGCCGUCCGGGUUCAUGGACCAGUACCUCCCCGGCGCGGGGGCGAUGGGGGCCGUGAUGGGCGGGUUGUGGGCCACGAUGCCGCGGGACAGGAAGCUGCAGCUCGUAAGCGCGCGGGAUAUUGGAGUCUUUGCUGCCAGAGCGCUGAUGGAGGGGCCUGAUGGUUGGGGAGGCAGGGCGAUUGCUUUGGCGGGCGAUGAGAUCAGCUUCGCGGAGGCGGAGGAGACGUUUGAGAAGGUUGUAGGCAGGGCGAUGCCGCAGACGUGGACGGUUGUCGGGCGUGCUGUGCGCUGGGCCGUCGAGGAUGCGGGGAGGAGUAUGGACGGGUUUGAGAAGGAGGGUUACAAAGCUGAUGUCGAGAAGUUAAGGGAACUGGAGCCUGGCUUGCAGACCUGGGAGAUGUGGUUGAGAGAAAGUAGUGGGUGGGUGAAAGGAGACUGA